AUGAUUGCUAAAUUGCUAAACCGUUUUACCCGGUUACAAUCUCUGACUGUGUCCACCGGUUGUCCUGACUUUUCAAAUUUGAUCAUAACCAAUAAAUUGCCAACACACGGUUCUCGCCUGCACUCUCUUGAUCUUUCUAAUUGUUUUGAUUUCUCCUGCUUGGACUCUGUCGAUCUUUCUUACAGUUCGAUUAUAAAUGAUGCUGUCGUUGCAUCCGUUGCUUCUAGUUGUCCUAGCCUGUCUACUAUCCGUCUUCGUCACUCUUGUGUUACUGAUGAAGGAAUCAAUAAUUUGGCAACCAAAUUGGGGCGUUCCCUCAAAUGGGUGGAUAUUCUUGGGUGCUCUCAAAUAACUGACCUUGGGAUUUCUCACCUCAGCCGCAACUGUCGUCAACUUACAGCACUCAGAAUCACUCAAUGCAGUAAAAUUGUCGGUGCAAGCAUCCUUGGGUUACCUCCAACGUUGGUUGCUUUACAUGCUGGAGAGUGCGCGUUUGAUGCCACGCGUGUUUCAGCUGGAUGUUUACAUGGCAGAGGUUUUCUCCAGUUUCUAGAUGUUUCUUUUCCUAUGAAUCCAAACGCAAGCCUUGCUUUUGGAUUUUCAGCAACUCUUAAAGUCCUCAAUCUCAAAAGGUACCUCACUGUCACGGAUGCCAAUAUAAUCAACAUCUCAAAAGGUUGUCCGUUGUUACAAGAGUGGAACUUAUCACGUUGUAAUAGGAUUAGGCUUCUCGGAUGGAAAUCAAUCGCAUCACAUUGUCAAAAUCUGGAAACACUUCACGUGAACAGAUGCGUACGCUUCAAUGACGAAUCAUUGCUAACUAUUGGUAAGGGUUGCAGCCGCUUAUCCUUGAUAUACGUGACAAUCCUCUUUCCAGAUCGUCAUGUACCCAUUGGAGUCACUGAGAGAGGGGUCAUAUCUUUUAAGACACAAAGACCAGAUGUGCAGAUCAAAGUUGAAGAGCCUCUUGGUUUUGGUUUAGUUCAUAAGGGUAUGCUUUAA